GUUCCCGUACCCGUGGGAGGCAGUGGACCAUGUUUUUCUGGAAGUCAAGGAGGUUACAGAUUUGGCCCUGCUGUGGGACACAGUCCUGGACGGUAUCGAUUUCGAGCUGGCAGGGAGGUAUGACAAGGUUGACAAGGACGCGGCCCCUUUCGUCGGCAGGUCAGGCCCUCCACGUUUCAAGUGGAAGCUGCUGGCAUGGGAACCUCCGCGUCGGCGUACGUACCGCGAGCCCAAGGUCUAUGCUUGGGCGACGGCCAAGAGAUGGUGUCAGCAUCUCAGGUCGGAGCGGGACCGACUAGGCAGGUUUUGUCAGCGGUUACAGUUGGCUUCAGUGGUCUGCCAGCUAACGCCCCUGCAGUACACCAAGGUGUUGCAGGCCUUCUACGAGGUGGACCAAUAUUGCCGCAGGAUCGCCCGCGACAAGAAGACAUGUCACUACCUUGACCAGGACACCGUAGACUUCCUGCUGCGGGGCCUGGGCAUGAUCGGCGAUGCUGACUUCGACUCGGGCCUGGACAACAUCACGAGGAAGGCCGAUGAUGUGCUGAAGGCAGCGAGAGGGGCCUCGGAGAAGGCUUGGCGAGGCUGGGCCAAGCAGGCUUUCUUAGGUGGGGCCAGUCGGGCCCAUGCAGCCUCCAAGGUGCGCGGCAAGCAGGGGCAGCUCAAUUUCGACGUGAACGCGCAGCCGUACCUGCUGGCAAACCACACCCUUGACGUGUGGGAGGGAGUAUGGCGGCAUCACGACCUUUUGCCCCCAGGGCUGCCGCCAGGCCACGAGAGCUGGCCUGCUCUGCCCGAGCUCGACCACCAGCAAGUGCGGGCUGCCAUUCGCAAGUUUUCGACGCGGACGGCAGCUGGGCCGAGCAGAAUUUCACCCAGAUGCCUGGACGCUCUGUCGGACCAAGCGCUCGAGCGCAUGGCCAAGAUGUUUAUGGUUUUCGAGCAGUGGCUGUCCUGGAGACCAGUCUCGGCAGCGUGGCAGGCUGGCUACCAGUGCGACCAGAUGUGGGGCACGAGAGCGGGCCACACGUCUACGGACUCGGCGUUUGAUCAUAAUAUUCAGCAGGAGGGGAUCCUAGCUGGGUGUACUCACGCUACGUACGUCUUGUACUUGCUUACCUAUAGGUCGGUGCAGAGGGUCUCGAAGGUCUCCCCCACGGUGACCCCGAGGACGCUCAUGGACGACAUUGGGCUCCAACAUACCUCCCAGGACCCCACGGAGGCCAAGUACCUUGCGCUGGCGGCGAGGGGUUUCAUCCAGGACUCCAAGGGCCUCGGCAUGAUCUUGAAGGCUUCCAAGUCUGGGGCUGUUGUUGGUUCUCGGAAGUUCUGGAAGGGGGUGCAGCGCCACAUGGGCUCCAUGAAGAUCCCGUACAAAGGCCACAUGAGGAACCUUGGUCACGAGCUCACGGGGCCCAAGGUGAUUCGAGGCAUGGAAAAGAAGCGUCUCAAACAGCUCAGAGAGAGGAAGGCGAGGUUUUCCAUGCUGAAGUCUGCUGUCGGCAAGGUCGCGACGGCUCUGUGGCGCACAGGCGCCCUCCCAUCAGCGGCGCACGGUGCUGCAGUUGCUGGAGUAAGCGACGUUGCACUUCGAGAGUUGCGUCUUUUCGCCGCCGUCUUGAACGGCGCGCCAGGUAAGUUUAAUACUGGUGUGACCGCCUACUUGGUUAGCCACAAGAGCGAUUUCUACGAUCCUAUUUACCGCGCCACUCUAGCCAUUGUCAUCAAGUUUGCGGAGUGGGUCUGGGACAG